CCUAGAAAAAUUCAAUCGAUUCCAGAUGUGUUUUUUUUCCCGCUUUCAAAUUUCUAAUCUGAGUAUCGAAAAACAUUUGCCGCCAAUCCAUCUCUCUCUCUCUCUAAAACACCUGAAGAUCAUUUUACGCAGAUAGAGAGAGAGAGAGAGAGAGAGAAAGGAUGUUGGGGAGGAUGCGGACAUGCUCUCUGAGCUCUCUGGAAGUUCUAGAAAUGGAGAGGACUCCUUCAAAGCUUCUCAAAGACGAUUCUCUCUCCAUCUACGAGAAGACACUGCUGAAGCUACAACAAGGUUCUCAGCUUGAUCUAAGUUCAGUUCCUGAGGAAGCGACAAACACAAGCACGAGUCCAUUAGUGUCUACUGUUUCAUCUAAUAUGACUGUGGAUGCUGCUGAUUGUGCUUCCACAGGCUCGUUUAUUGGCUCGGGUGGUAGUCAAUCUAUGAACAUUUCAAAAGAGGAACCACGUGGAAACUUGUCGGUUAUUGACAUGUUUUCAAGAUACAGGGCUUCUAGAACUAACAAGAUAGUUUCGUCUGAUGACAGUGCAAUGGAAACCGAGGAUUAUGGUUUUUCUGCAAAUACAUCGCCUUCGCAUGAUCCUGAACUCCAAGAGGGAUGUAUAGUUGAUCCACCAUCACCUGUUUGAAGUAUGACCUUGAAUAUGACUUUCUUAAUAGAGCUUGAUCGUUAUUGUGAUUAUGUCGGAUUUUGAAUGAUAAUGUUGUUUCAUUAAAGCCAAUCCAAAUUCUUUACCAUGUAAUGCUAUAAAAUUCCAGUUAUUUUACACA